AUGGACAGCCCCAGUCUUCGAGAACUUCAACAGCCUCUGCUGGCAGGUGUAGGCUCUGACCCCCCUGUUCAGAGGCCUGGAGUCAGAUGCCCAGCACCUCCACAGACCAAGACUUGGGCCAAGGGGGAUGUCCAGGGGGCAGGGGCCACCUCCCGCUGUGCCUUCCUGCUUGGGGUUCUGGCCGUAGGGCUGGGCGUGUGCACACAUGUGGCAGCCCUGAUGACCCUGGCUACCUACCUUGCCUCCCCAGACCUGCCCUAGCUGCCCUGCAGCCCCCGCCAUGAACCAGAGGCCGGUGACCCAGAGCAUACAUUGGCAGAGUGAAGAACCUGGGUGGAUGUGGCAGUGUUAGCAUC